GUUCAGUGUGUUUGUGCCGAUGGUGUUUGCUUUUGCCUUCGACAACGGCAGCAGUUACAUUGUUAAUUGCGGCAGAUUAGUUGCAGGCCACAAGAAAACAAGAACAACAAAGCCAGAUCGGACCACUUAAACCGGAAAUAGACCAUUAAACGCUCGAACAAAGGCAUCAUAUGGUGGAAAAGCCAAGCCGCUAAACAACAAACGGCGCUCUCUAUCUCUUUGCCGCUGCUUCUGCUGCUGCUGCUGCUGCUCUCUCAAGGUCGUCGGCUCAGACGCCAGCGCCGACGAACUUCACUCCACCCCCACUCGCAACAAGACGCAACUCGAGCCGCAACACGCAACAUUGGGGAGCCGAACCAUUGGCCAUUCACCAUUCGCCAUUCGCCAUCCAUCAGCCAGCGAGCUAAAUCAGUAUUCGAGCAACUCUCGACGCGAAUGCAAGUGAGAACUCCGUUUGUUGCAUUGGAUCAACGAUCACCGUUGACGGUGGAUUCCUCCUGCCCCAAACGGAAAAAAUGCGAUAUGGACCGAGAGCGCGAAAGAGAUGUCAAGGCCCUGGAGCCACGCGACUUAUCCUCCACGGGCCGCAUUUACGCCAGAAGCGAUAUUAAAAUCAGCUCCUCGCCAACCGUCUCGCCAACGAUCUCAAACUCCUCUUCGCCCACACCGACGCCACCCGCCAGUUCCUCAGUGACGCCGCUGGGCUUGCCCGGAGCGGUGGCAGCUGCUGCCGCCGCCGUCGGAGGAGCCUCAUCGGCGGGGGCCAGUUCCUAUUUGCACGGCAACCACAAGCCCAUCACCGGGAUUCCGUGUGUGGCCGCCGCCUCCCGCUAUACGGCGCCCGUUCACAUCGACGUGGGCGGGACCAUCUACACCAGCUCACUGGAGACGCUCACCAAGUACCCGGAGUCGAAGCUGGCCAAGCUCUUCAAUGGCCAGAUACCCAUCGUGCUGGACUCGCUGAAGCAGCACUAUUUCAUCGAUCGCGACGGGGGCAUGUUCCGCCACAUUCUGAACUUUAUGAGAAACUCAAGACUUCUGAUUGCCGAGGAUUUUCCCGACCUGGAGCUGCUGCUGGAGGAGGCUCGCUACUACGAAGUGGAGCCGAUGAUUAAGCAGCUGGAAAGCAUGCGCAAGGAUCGCGUUCGCAAUGGCAACUAUUUGGUGGCGCCACCCACUCCACCGGCUCGCCACAUCAAGACGAGCCCGAGGACCAGCGCAUCGCCGGAGUGCAAUUACGAGGUAGUGGCGCUGCACAUCUCGCCAGACCUUGGCGAACGCAUAAUGCUGUCGGCAGAACGGGCUCUGCUCGACGAGCUCUUCCCGGAGGCCAGCCAAGCGACACAGUCGAGUCGCAGCGGAGUGUCCUGGAACCAGGGCGACUGGGGGCAAAUCAUUCGCUUCCCCCUCAACGGCUACUGCAAGCUGAACUCGGUGCAGGUGCUCACCCGACUCCUCAACGCCGGCUUCACCAUCGAGGCCAGCGUUGGGGGCCAGCAGUUCUCCGAGUAUCUGCUGGCGCGACGCGUUCCAAUGUGAUAGGCUCUGGGUAGGGAUUCCCCAGCUCCCCAAGAAGCUGCAGAUGUGGCCCUGAUUCCGUCGGCUUCUGUGGCUUCUGUUUCCGGCUCCGGUUCGGACUCGGGUUCGGGUUCGGCAUCGGGCUCUUUGCGACGCGGGCGUCUGAUCCAUGUGCGUUGCAGGCGCUAAUUGAUCUGGGUUAGGUGACCCAGAAUCGCAGGUGGGGAGAGUGGUCUAUGAACAAUUCCAAGUGAUACAAUGUACUGAGAAGGGCAAAUGAAAAAUCAAGUGUAACGCCGAAUUGUUUAUAUAUCUAACACACUAAAACUCGAUCCAACACCGUUUUGGGGACUGCGCAUUGCUGCUCUGAGCAGUAAAAUACAUAAUUUAGAAAUACUUGGACACCGUUCGGUGAGGAUGCAAGUUCUGAAUCUGAAUCCAAAUGUUAUUUAAUGUUUAUCAAUUAAGUUUGCUGGCACGGACACUGAACGCAAACACGCUCGUGUGUAUUAUUAAGCAUUUACAGAGCCAAGAGCCCAGCACUGAUUUUGUUUUUUAGCCUUGAUUUUAAGUCGAUAUUGUUUUCUCUAAGUGUACCACCUAAUGCUAAAGACCCUAAGUUGUUUCAUUAAAUCAAGUUGGCCAGGGAUAUUAGCUGGCUUAAAUUAUUGUAACACACACGGAAAACUAUGGUAGUAUCAACUCACAGCGAAAAUAGUUUUGUAGUACUUAAUUGAUGUAAUUGAACCUUUAUGAAUGUAAACUAUGGGAUAACUUUUUCAAUAUAUACGAUCCGACGUCUAAAUAGUCUACACCAAUUCAAAUACAAUUACAUGCAAAUAUAGAUAUAUUUAACGAAAUACAGUUUGCGACCACGCCCUCUAUAGAACAACCACUCAAUUGAAUAUUUAAAUAAAGAAAAAACAUACGUGU